ACACAAAUGUAUUAGCUGAACUAGAUUAAAAUCAAACACUCAAAUACUCACUUUUGUCUUUUAAGAGGAGCUUAAUUAAAACCAUAAAAAGAGUAUUUCCAAAGCUUGUAAUAAUUUUAAAACUACAAGCUUAGAGUUACAGCUUGAUUCUUCUUCAGUAUGUCAAUGUGCGACUGAGAAAUGUGUUUCUGUUCUUCAGGAGUGUUUGCUGAUUCAGAUGGAGUGAAGUCAAUAUCAGUGAUGGAGGGAGAUUCAGUCACUCUACAAUCUGGUCUUACUAAAACAGAGAAAGAUGAAGUGAUAACAUGGGCGUUUGGAGAUCCAGGGGUUCAUAUAGCUCGCAUUAAUGUAGAAGCUAGACACUUCAACACAUGUGAUGAUGUUCUUGAUGGGAAAUUCAGAGCCAGACUGAAGCUGGAUCAUCAGACUGGAUCUCUGACCAUCACAAACAUCAAAACCACAGACUCUGGACUUUAUAACAUAACCAUCAGACGCAGGAAAAUGAUCACAUACAAAUUCAAUGUUACUGUCUAUGCUCGUCUGUCUGUUCCUGUCAUCAGCAGAGACACUUCACAAUGUUCUUUAUCAUCAUCAUCACAGCAGAAUUGUUCAUUGUUGUGUUCAGUGGUGAAUGUGAGUCAUGUGACUCUCUCCUGGUACAAAGGAAACAGUUUAUUGUCCAGCAUCAGUGUGUCUGAUCUCAGCAUCAGUCUCUCUCUACCUCUGGAGGUGGAAUAUCAGGAUAAAAACACCUACAGCUGUGUGAUCAACAAUCCCAUCAGCAACCAGACCACACAUCUCAACAUCAGUGAACUGUGUCAUACAUGUUCAGAAGUCCAUGUCCACGUCCAAUGUUGUGGUUCUACCGAAGCUGUGAUCCGAUUGGUCCUCUCUGCUAUGGUGGGCGUGGCUACUGUGGCGGUUGUGGUUUAUGACAUCAGAUCUACAAGUGGCUAAAAGGAGAAAACAGAUCUGGUGUUUUGAUCCAUUGAUGCAACAAUAUAUAUGCAAGGAUUUAAAUUCAAGUUAAAGUAUUAUAAAAUCAACAAGACCUUCAAUGUGUGGGUGCAAAUGUAUUAAAAAAAAUGUAUGCACACUAUAUAAGAAAGGAAAGUAUAUAGAAAAACUAUAUAAGGCAUUCAAAAGAGAAUGUGGUCUAAAGGUAUUCGUGAUGCAAAACAAAGAAUUGCUUACCAAAGCUCUCCUCAAUAUGAUGUACGUUAAGGCCAUCUGGUGGCCAAAGUGCUAUUUAUAACUUCAUUUUAAUCUUAUAUACCAUGAAUUUUAUAUUUCUGUU